AUGCUUGAAGAUUUGGCAGAGAUGGGAUUACAGUGUUUCGACGGUGACUAUGGCAGUGAGUCGGCAUUCUUGUUUAGUCUUGUGGCUCAGCCUACUCUUAUCGGACGAGUAAUUGAGUCACAGAAACAGGAUCCGGAUUUGGAUGCCAUUCACACCUUAAUCUCCAAUGGAGAGGUUGCCUGCAGACUUGCAUUACCACCACAGAUGGACAGAGUCCAUAGUGUUUUCCAUGUAUCAAUGUUACGAAAAUAUGAGCUAUAUCCGUCUCACGUUUUGAGUUGGGUUGAUGUGGACAUUAAUGAAGAUGUUUCUUACGAGGAGGGACCAGUUCAGAUCCUUGACACACGGCAGAAGGUGUUAAGGGACAAGACAAUACCAUUGGUGAAAGUUCUUUGGAGACAUCACGGAGUUGAGGAGGCCACUUGGGAACUUGAACAGGAGGGCUGGAAAUCAGAAAUUUCAUUAGAAUCAUUCUGUGGGCAUCAUCUAACCGGUUAG